CAAAACUGCAAUCACUCACCAACCCGAACUGCAUCCCCACGAACACCCCGUCAAUUGAUCCACGUCACGAUCAAUUGGGUCUGCGUUGGCCAGAGGGCUUAGUUUGAAUUUUCACACUUGCCAGAAUGUUGUCAAGGGUUGCCCGACCGGCUCUGCGAGCUGCCGUUGCAGCUCCCCGAGCUGCUGCUGGCCCCAGCACUGCCGCCACCUAUGCGACGCUCCGUGAGAUCGAGACUCGUUUGAAGUCGAUUCGAAACAUCGAGAAGAUCACCAACACCAUGAAGGUCGUCGCCUCUACCAAGCUCACCCGUGCUACCCGCAGCAUGAACGACUCCCGCAAGUACGGCGAGGCUUCCAACGAGGUCUUCAAGUCCGCCGAGACCACUGCCGCCGAGGCUGAGGAGAAGAAGUCCCUCGUUAUUGUCUGCUCUUCCGACAAGGGUCUCUGCGGUGGUAUUCACUCUGGUUUGAGCCGUACCAUCCGCCGCAUGUCUGCUGAGGAGCCUCCUUUCGACCUGGUCAUCAUUGGCGAGAAGUGCAAGGCCCAGCUGUCGCGAACCAACGCCAAGGGUAUCCAGCUUAACUUCGCCGGUAUUGGCAAGGACAUUCCUACCUUUGCCGAUGCCCAGGCUAUCGCCGACCAGAUCGUCCUGCUGCCCACUGAGUACACGGAUGUCAAGAUCCUGUACAACAAGUUCAUCAACGCCACCAGCUACGAGCCUACCUUCAUUGAGGCAUUUUCCGAGGAGGCCAUUUCUCAGUCCCCCAACAUCUCCGCCUUUGAGGUUGAGGAUGAGGCCCUUGCCAACCUGCGCGAGUACUCCCUUGCCAACUCCCUCUACUGGGCUCUGGCUGAGGGUCACGCCUGCGAGCAGUCUGCCCGACGAAACGCCAUGGAGAACGCCUCCAAAAAUGCUGGUGAGAUGAUCGGAAAGUACCAGAUUCUGUACAACCGUACCCGACAGGCUGUCAUUACCGGAGAGCUCGUCGAGAUUAUUACUGGUGCUAUUGCCUCCGAAGAAAUGUAAAGAAAGAAAAAAAUAUUUUUGAUUUUUUUACUUCUUUUUUUGUCGGUAGAAAGAAAGCAAAGAGCUGGCACGCCGGAGAAAGAGAAAAG